AUGGCACAAAGUCUCCACAAGCAAAAGUAUACCAUUCUCACCCUUUUCCUAUUCUUAUUUCUCCUACAUGGAGAAUCCCAAAGAUUUUCAAGAAACUUGUCAUCAAAAACACUUGGUUUCAAGAAGCAAAAACUAAGCCACCUCCAUUUUUACUUCCAUGACAUAGUAAGUGGUGAUCAAGCCACCGCAUUCAGGGUAGCCCAGUCCGCCAUAACCAACACCUCCUCCACAGGGUUUGGUUUCAUGGCGAUGAUGGACAACCCUUUGACAAUCGGUCCUGAACGAACAUCCAAGAUAGUAGGAAGAGCUCAGGGGAUCUAUGCAUCUGCUGACUUGAGAGAAAGCGCGUUGUUAAUGGUUAUGAAUUAUGUUUUUUCGGAAGGAAAGUAUAAUGGUAGCACUUUGAGUAUCGUAGGGAGGAAUGAGGUGUUCUCAACUGUGAGAGAGAUGCCGAUUGUUGGAGGCAGUGGAAUUUUCCGAUUUGCACAUGGGUAUGUUCUUGCAAAGACUCAAUUUUUCAAUAUCACUAAUGGUGAUACGGUUGUUGAGUAUGAUGUUUAUGUCCAACACUAUUGA